GUGGUCGGCGCACUUCCUUUUCCAAUUGGAGGUUUGAUUUUCCGCUCGGUGCAACAAUAAUUCACGUCGGCUUUACGCACGUGACGUCACUUUUAUUAAGCCUGCCAGAUAAGAGUUUUACAACGAACUGCCUCAUCCCGCGACACGCUGCAACACCAGAGCACAGUCUUCUCUCUCCGACUUUCCUGAUCGCUUCAUUGUGCAAAAUUACAUUCAGCAAAAUGCAAGUCCCAAUCGAUUACAACAAGGCUAAAGCGAAAAUCAUCAAGAGACAUGGAAGGGCCCUGCGCCUGAUGAUUGUAUUUGGAAUUAUCGCGUUUGCAAUGGUCAUGGUGGCUGCGGUGGUGCUUUUUGCGGACGGUAUAUCGCCUGAAAAUGACGGUGCCAAUAACCGCGUGAUCAUAAUUUUGGUGGUUGUGGCCGCAUGCAUCAUUUGCUUCUUUGCCGUUGCCCUCUCUUGUCUCCAAUCAGCCAAGAAAAGAGCAAUUGCCGAACUUGGAGAAAACCCGAAUGUGCUCCGACAGCAACAGACUCAAAACAGAUCACGCAGAAGGCAUGAAAAGACUACCGGCGGCAACAUGUCCAUGGACAGUCCACCACCUUAUGACUCGCUUUUUGACGUAAGCAACGGUUUCAACUUCCGCAGCUCUGUCUUGGACACUCCGUCUAUCGACACGUGUACAGUCAGCAUUUACGCGGAUAACAAUUGCACGCCUACGUCAGAUAGCAGUUCGCCCUCCGGAGACUCAGGAGGCUGCGCCUGCAGCUCUACGCAAGACUAGUGCUUCCGUGUAGUGCCAUAUUUUCUUACUUAUAUUGUUAGAGACAAUUAAGGACGUAUUAUAAGUGAAUCAAAAUAUUCUACAUUUAAAAAAUAUCUUACAAAAGAUUAAAUUAAUUAAUUGCCAUUUAUUAAUUAAAUAUCAUAUCACAGAUGUGUUACUCAAAAUCACCAAAGAAAAUAAAUAAACGCUUUAUCAUCUUAAAUUAUUUUAAG